AGUCUCACUCUCAGUUAGUAUUCACACUCACAACACGUCAUUGUAUUGACGACUGCUUGGCUGACUUGAAAACGAUAAUGAAGCGAGUAGAAAGAAGAGAAUAGUCAGUCAGGUUUUAUUGUCGUAGAAACGUCUUCGUUCUCUCUGUUUUCGCCCAGCUAUUGCUUUUAGUUGGCAAGAGUUGGGAAAGUGGUGGUCACCCUGGAACGUAGGAAAAAGCUGAGGGAGGGUGGUGGCACUCCGCCGUCGUCUCCGCCACCCAAGAGACGAAAGCUAUUUCCAGGUUCUUCAUCUGUUCUUGAUACAAUGCCAACUAACGGUGCGGUUGCGACGAGCGGAGAUGUCACCCCAAGUGCUGCCACAUCCUCGAAACAUGUUAAUGGUGAAUCCAGGGUAUUCACCCGCUCCGAGAAAGAACUUCUCAGAGUGAUUGGUCAGCACCUAACGUCGAUGGGCCUUCGGCAUACAGCUGAUGCUCUUACAACUGAGAGUGGAUGUGUUGUUGAACACUCUUUCGCUUCCAAUUUUCGUUCGCAUAUCCUAAUCGGCAACUGGGACGCUGCACUGCAUGACAUUGAUUCCAUCAAAGAACAUCUGAAGCACAAUAAUGACCUCAUGAUAAUGCAAUCACUCGUGUUGGAGCAAAAGUACCUGGAGCUGCUUGAGAAAGGGAACAAAGUGGAAGCCUUGAAGUGUCUGCGAACGCAGCUCAGUGCUAUUGCUAUCGGUGAUCAGCGUAUUCAUGACCUAUCUAGCUUUGCCAUGUACUCGGAUGCAGACGCUCUCCAUCAAAAAGCAGGCUGGCCGGGUGUGGCCGGUGGUUCUCGAGAACUUCUCCUCACGAAAAUUCACGGAUUUUUACCGUCGGAGGUCAUGCUUCCCCCGAACAGACUAUCGGUGCUACUUCAACAGGCAUUAGACCAUCAAGUUGACAACUGCCGCUUCCACAAUUCAGCAUCUGCGCAGUCGGUCUCAGAUCCAAAUAUGUCAUUCUUCACUGAUCACUUAUGUACCACUGAGAACUUUCCAUCCAUGUGUUCGCAAGUUCUUCGAUCGCACACCGACGAGGUAUGGUAUUGCACUUGGAGCCAUGAUGGAAAGAUACUUGCGUCGUGCUCCAAAGACGGAUCGGUCAUUCUUUGGGAACUCGAUCCGGACACAAUGCAAUUGUCUAAAAUGAAGUCUUUAUUAGGUCACCGACGGGGUGCAAGCUACUGUUCCUUCAGUCCUGACGGCCGCUAUCUGGUGGUGUGCGGUGCGACAGAACCUGAAGAAGCACGACUUUGGUCAAUCCCGGGAGGUGAGACUGUUGCGCAAUUAAAGCACAAUGACGACAGCUACACGACCUGUGCGUGGUUCGCUGACAGCUCCAAGUUUGUGGUUGCCAGCAUGCGGGGCCACUUCGCCAUGUGUAAUACGCAUGGAGCGGUGACACGGACAUGGGAUGGCGUUCGUGUACAGAGCGUAGCAAUUCCGUCUUCAUCAAACAAGUUCGUUUUGGCCGCUGACAGCCUAAAGCGUGUUCGUCGCUACGACUUUGAUGCUGAACGAGCAUACGAAGUUGUUAGUGAAGACUACAACAUCAUGUCAAUGACGUUAUCCAAAGAUGAACGCUAUGCUCUCAUCAACUGUGCCAAUCAGGGCAUUCACGUGUGGGAUAUUGAAGACAGGUGUCAAGUGCGUCGCUACCGUGGCUUACUCCAGUCCAAUUACACUAUAUAUUCCGUGUUCGGUGGUCGCAAUGAAGACUACAUAGCGAGUGGCAGUGAAGAUUCCAAAGUGUACAUCUGGCAUCGGUCUUGCUCCACACCGUUGCGUGUUCUGAGUGGCCACACGAGAGGUGUGAACAGCGUUGCCUGGAACCCAUGUUAUCCCUCCGUUCUUGUGUCGGCUAGUGACGACGAAACACUCCGUGUCUGGUGCCCCACCGAAGUCGGCAAUGGUGCUGAUGACACUGACUCCAUAUCGGCCGGCAACGAUCGCUCUAUACCUGCCGUCGAUAGGUUGUUCAGUGUAGAAGAAGUUGAGGGACCACUAGAGGAUGACUAGAGUUCUCCAGAUUACGUUAUCACGCCAUGCCCUUUGAUCACGGUGGAGUCUUCAGUGGCUUCCAAAUGGAAAUCUGUGGGGAGAAAGUAGCACGUCACUGCUCUGGAAUAUUCAGACUUGGACCCAUAUCAUUGUCGCGGUCGUCGUCAUUUCAUCCUUUUGAAUGCCGUGUUUGAAGAAAGUCAAAUCAACAGAUAAGUACUUUUGUGGGGUGUUUGUCCAGUUCUCCAACGCCACCAACGUUGUAAGAAACACCUGUCUUCGCCCCACUUCCUCUUUUUUUCUUUGCCCCAUUGUUGACGUCGUCGAUGCUGCUCCUCUUGCCACCAUUGCUGUUCAGUGUUGCUUUUCCCAUGGCCGACUUCUUGUGAAGUGGUGUUGCUCGUGUUUGGAGGUCAUCCACUUGUUGAUUCUUGCUUUGCUACUGUAUUUAGCAUUGCCGUCAUCAUCAUCUGUCUUUGUCAUCGUUGUUGUUGUUGUUGCUGCUGCUGCUGCUGCUGUUGCUGUUGCUGUUGUUGUUGUUGUUGUUGUUGUUGUUGUUGUUGUUGUUGUUGUUGUUGUUGUUGUUGUUUGAAUUUGCAUUCUUUAUUCUCACAAUGGCACCAUCAUCAAUAAGUUGUUGUUGUCGUCGUCGUCGUCGUCGUCUUAUUGUAUUUGUUGGGAGUCGGCACCUUGGUCCUGUACAGUUGCAUCAGUGUAUGAUGCUAUCCGGCCAGUGUUUGACAUUGCCGUGCUUUUCUAUUGGUAAACUUUCCCUUUGGUUAUGCUCGAUGAAAUUUGGCCUAUCGAAAUAAGUUAACCUUACCCUGCAGGCUGCACCAGUACACAACCAAGUAUUGGCAGCACUAGGAAGAGCUGCGCAGCACCAACUGUUGUUCAUCGAGUGCGACUGUAGUUUUUGUUGCUCCAAUGUGCUACAUGUAUUAUAAAUCAGCCGCAUACUUCAUUCACACUAGUAUCAUCCUAUCGUGUCUCGACUAUCCAUCUUAUUUUAUUGGCUCGCUCCUAGGACAUUUCUUUUUUAACCUGACCAAACCAUGUCCUUGUUUUUAACCCUGUCCAUUCUCUAACCAUCAUAAACUGCUCUCAUCAGUGUGCGUGUGGCGUGCGUGUGUGUGUGUGUGCGUGUGUGUGUGUGUGCGUGUGUGUGUGUGUGUGUGUGUGUGUGUGUUGCACAAUCUGCUUCUAUGCUGUUGGUUACCGUAUAUAUACAAGUUAUUCACUUCUCCAUCGUAUCGUCAUCUUUAUUUUCCUGCUGCAUGUUUUUAUUUUGUGCUGUGCUUUUAUCUCUGGCAUGUUUUGUGUUGGUACAUUAUUGUAUUACUUAAAGUAUUUUUCUUCUGGAAUGUACUGCUGAAGCACAUGGUCGCAGUGAACUGAAAACUAACUCAAGACUGAA